GCAACGGAACGAAGUCGCCGAUAUGAAAGCCUCAUAUCUCAAUGUAAAGCAGUGUCGGGACCUGUGGACCUCACACAUUUGGCCCGGUCCUUACCAGCACCUACAGGCCGAGGUCCCAUCAUGAAGAGGAUAUUCGUACCCCCUCAGCCGCCUCCACCUCCUGAUCCAAUCGAUGGGGAACCUCAAGAUAUACAGGUUAAUGACAACGUACCGCCCCCAUUGAGGGAUGAACUAGUCAUAGACAGGCUAUCAGCGGUUCAAAUUAAACCGUCCCAUGAUGCUUUGAAGAAGGAGUCCCAAGAUCUGGAAGCACAGAUACGCCAAAUUCAAGACGCUCUGGAUACAUUAGUCCGCAUUCAGCAGAGAUCGGUGGAGGCAUCGCUAUACAAUAAAGCGAAUGAACUUCAGGAGGAUAUCUCUAUGAAGAGGUUCGAUUUAAGGGUAGCUCAAAUCCAUCUCAGUGCUAUCAACUCCCAAAAAGAGUUAUUCUCGAAUAAAAUGGAUGGCGAAACCGUCGGUCGCGAAAGAAAAAUGUCAUCUGCAUCGACAGGAAGCAUGAAAACUAAGUGGUUGAAGGCUUUUAAAAGCCUGAAAACUCCACCACCGGAACCUGAAAAAAAAAACCAAAUGUUCCAAGCGGUUUCGACGAUAAUGUCCAUGAGGAAAAAUGGUGCCGCUGCGACUAGAGAAUUGCUCAAGGGCGACCCCGACGCUCACAAUUUUCAGGAAUAUACGUAUAAGAAGAUAACUCCAUGUGAUAUAUGUUCACAAGUUCUUAGAGGACACACUAGACAAGGACUCAAAUGUAGAAUAUGCAAGAUGAACGUUCACGUUGAUUGUCAAGACAAAGCCUCUAAAUGUCAAACAAAAGCGCGGCUACUCAGGAGACAGAAAUCUACUUCAGAAAUUGAAACUAGAGUUCCGGAACUGAAUCCUGACGAUGAAAGGAUAGCAGAGGUAUACUCAAUGCCAACAAUAAACAGGCGGUUAUCGAUAAGGAACAACAACCGACUGUGUCCACCUCCCAACAAUAAUAUUGAUUUAGAGAGCCCUGAGGUGGACCAAAUCUAUCAAGUUCUGAAACAAGCAACGGAAAUAUCGAACAGCAAACUGCGGGUUAACGUGGAGAUUGUUACUCCCGUUGAUAAAAGUGCUCCGGGUUCAAAUGCCGGCAGCUCUGGGAGUUCAGGUCAAAGUUUGAACCGUAGGGGACCUCCUCCCCAACCAAGAGCUGCAGGCUCAAUGUUAGCUGUUAUUAAUCCCGCUCCUUGCUCCACCAGCUCAGCUCCACAUUCACCUCGUCGACAGAAGCUGAAUUUGCGUAUGAAGAGCUUAUCACUGGAUUCGCCUGAAAGUACCGAGCAUGUGAGGAGAGGCAGGCAUCAUGGAGCCAACGCUGCCAGUGAUCCACAUUCCAACCAAAGUUCUUCUUCUAGGAUUCAGUUUCCUCAGUUAUCUUCCAGGCCUGUUUUGAAUCGCAAAUCACGAAGAGACGUGAAAGCAAAAUCAACACCCUCUAGCCCUGUUCACAAUCGUCGAUUGCUUUCAGCCAAAAACAUUCGAAUGUCCUCAGUCGAACUUCCAGACGAUAACGAUAAGAGUCCUUCGUCCGCGAGCACAUCUCCUUGUCCUAGUCCUGUGGGAGCGAAAAAAUCUCAUAGAUUACUCCCGACCAAUCUGUAUGUGGUUUUAUACAACUUCAAGUCCCGUCAUCAGGAUGAACUCGAUCUGAAAGCUGGUUACAAGGUCACAGUUAUUGAUACUUCAGACUCAGAUUGGUGGAAAGGAAAAUGUUUGGGUCGCGUCGGAUUCUUUCCUUCGAAGUAUGUUUCCAAAUUGUCGUCUGGAGAGAAGCCUCUUCAGGUGACUCACAACCUACAAGUAUCUGAUGGAGAGAACGGUCUCAUGCUUCUGAGGGACCAAAUCGUCAUUCAAAUUGGGGAAGAACUCGACGGUAUGGUAAUGAUUCGUUCCGGCGACAACCGUCAGGGAAUAUGCCCGUUGAAGUUUCUUCAGGAAGUGUGACAUCGCAACGAAGUAGCUUGUCAAGCAACUACCCUAUGCGCUUGUUUAGUAAAACCUCAAAAUGCACCAUCAAAUACCCUCAAAAAAAUCUACUACCCCAACCCCACUCCCAGAAUUAUGAUCCAAAACAAUGAUUCGAACAAGCCGAAUAACAAAAGAAACAGUAGUAAUUCUGGAGGUAUAUUACAGUAUUAUUAUAAUAAUUUCGGUAAAAGCAGCAAGGAAACGAAUGUUUACAAUAACGUAUUGAACAGAAGAAAGAAUGAACUUGCAUUUCUGCAUGGUAAAGCUCCAUUUUCCUCCACCAAGCGACCUCUGUCCAUCAGACUCUCCACUCCUAAGCACAUGGCAAAUUUUUUCAGCAGAUCUAAAUCCGAUUCCCAAAAAAGGCCGUUACUCUUACAGGGUUCUAGUAAUUUGAACAAUCAUAAACCUAGCUUUCAGAUUAUACCAAACAGAAACGGUUUGAAAAUAUCUUCUAUAUACACAAUAAGCGAAGACGUUGAAAAAUUCAGUCUGUAUAGGAAUAAUUUAUAUAUUUCAUCGAACAGCAGGCCUCUGUUUGUAAGGAUUUAAACAUUGUUUGGUACUUCAGACGAUUGCAGCAGAAUAUUGAAAAAUCUACAGAGAUUCAAAAUGAUAAUUUCCAAUAAUCAAAACGUAAUACCUUGGAUAUGUUCAUCACUCUCAUAAAAAUCAAACCUUUUGUUUUGUCCCUUCCUUUACUUGUUUAAAAACAUGUUUUUUUUCUAGGAGCAAAGAAACAAUCAGCUCUCCCACUCACUGACAUUUUUUCCAAAUAAUAUGAUAGUUAUAUAUAUGUUUGAUAAAUUUUUCUCUGGAUUACUUUUCAUUUCUUAAGAAAUAUCAUAAGUAAAAAAUAUUGAAAAAUA